AACGAACCCUUUCGAGCGAUGGACAGCCAUAUCGGACCAAUCACCACCACCCCAGAAACAAAGCACUCGAACCAAGGCUGAGAAAAACUAUAAGUAUCGCCCCCUCAGGAGAACCAGGAGCCAAACCGUGAACAACAUAUAAGAUCGUAUUUUCUUGGACACACAUUCCAUCAUCGUUUGAUUUGGUAUAUAUCCUCGAAUCCACCGGCGCAAUCGAAUCCAAGAUGUCAGAACCUGAUUUCGAAGUUUUGCUAUCCGGAUUCGAUGUCCUUGAUGACCGACUCAGACCUGCGUACAAGUCAAUCAGAGGGCUACUCAAGAACCCAGACCACGCCCCCAAGGUCGGAAUCGUCUGUGGUUCCGGUCUGGGCGAACUGGCCACCAAGCUUCAAGAGCCAGAAAUGAUCAGCUACGAUCAGAUCGAUCAAUGGCCUCGACUUCGGACUAUCUCUGUCGUACAAGGACAUGAAGCUAAAGGCCUGGUGUUUGGUAACCUUGGUGGAACUCGUGUUGUUUGUCAAUCUGGAAGGCUACAUUUCUACGAAGGUUAUCAAAUGAAAGACGUCGUUUUUACGGUCCGAUUGUUUAAGUUAUUAGGCUGUCAGGCUGUUAUAAUAACCAAUGCAGCAGGAGCUGUUAACCCAAGCAUUCCGGUAGGAACUAUCAUCGCUCUUAACGACCACGUCUCGCUACCCUCUUUGGCCUGUUACAAUCCCUUGAUUGGUCCUAAUUCAGACAUUGUUGGUCCUCGGUUUACCCCGAUGUCUAAUGCUUAUGAUUUUGAAAUGAGAAAAUCAGUCUUUCGAUCAAUUUCUCAUAUUGGCCUGCAACCACAAGACGUUCAAGAAGGAGUCUAUGCAUGGGUUACAGGACCAACAUAUGAAACCAGGGCAGAGGGUUUAUUUAUACGAAGUAUGGGUGCAGAUGUAGUCGGAAUGUCGACGGUGCCGGAAGUGAUUGCAGCCCGACAUGCCGGAUUACGAGUUCUUACAUUGUCCCUAGUUACCAAUUCAGUCGUUCUGACGGUCCGUCGCAGUGCCGCAGAAGCGGUCUCGCAAGAUUUGGUUUUGAAAAAUGAGGGCUCUUCUGUGGGGCUGAAAUGGAAAGAAGAGACGGCCAAUCAUGAUGAGGUUCUGGAGGUUAGUAGAAGGAAAGCUGAGAAUGUCUUGAAAAUCGUCAAUUACGUGGUCAAUGAUCCUACUUGGUGAGAUGAUACAACUUCAAAGUGGACACAGGUCUUGGUUAAUUGAAUGUGAAGAUCUCAAGACAGGCUUGGGGCUUUUACCUAAUCUGCUCCAAUACUACAAAUACUACACUGGAUUGAUGAUCACUGAAUUUGAUUCACCAGCCUUUUUUGCAUCAUAGAUGAAUAUUCUUUUUCCCAUUGUUAACAAUUUCCUUUCCACUUACUUUUCUUUCUUUAUAGUCUUAUCAAAUUUGUAUAAUUAGCUGGAAUAACAUGUGGUGUUUCCAAGACCUCGUUGUUUUUGAUUUCAAGCUUCAUAUUAUUUUUGCAUAACAAAUAAGAGGAUAUAAAUGUAUGGGACAGACCUUAUGAGUGACUCAUGUGAAAACCCUUGUUACCCAUCUCAUUUAUAGCUGUAUCAAGAUUCUAGGAGGAGAGUUAAUGGC